GGGAAUAUUGUUUACAAGGCCAUUUAACAACUUUAUAGUGGACUUAGAACUUUAUAGUGGACAAGCAAACUGAUGGCGUGGCUUUUACAUUUACCUUCAGACGAGAGCCUGCGUACACUGUCUCUCUCAUCGCGCAUUACUGUCAACUCUGUAGCUAUUGUGCACAGUCAACAGUAUUUUCCAUGUUAUAAGAACACUACAAAGUAAGAUAAUGUAAAGCAAUGAAGAUAUUUGUUUUGCUUUCUCUUACAUUUGAAAAACAAUCUUUAAAAAGUUUCCUAAUUACAGACACAACAAAGCAGCAGUGUGCAGCCUAACAAACCCAUGGAAUACAAUGUGACGAUGGUCAGCGCCUUCAUAGACAUUGGUUCACGUUCGACAAAGGUGCCCCGGACAUUAAGUGCGACCACAGGAUCUACCAGCAAUGGUCAUGGGCCUACUCCGCCAUCUACUCGCCGCUUGUAUUCUACACAGACUCCCCGUCCUUCGCCGACCACAUGCAGCACGUGCGACAGAAACAGCCGGACCUCACUAAGAUUAUCCUCGUCAACCGCACCAGCCUGUGGGCCUUCCAGCUGAGGGACGCCAUCGCAGCCAUUUACCGUGCUGGCUACCCUGUACACUACCCCAACACCGUCUACCCGGAUUACACGUGCGUUACGCACGCCAAGUUCGAGUUCGUCAAAGACGCCAUCUUGAACAGCUACUUCUACAGCAGGCAUGUGGUGUGGGUGGAUGCAGGCUACUUUCGAGACAUGUGGACACGGCACAAGAACACCACAGCUUUCACAAUGCAUCCUUUGGCCAACCUGGAUCCCAAGCGGGUUAUGUGUGCACAGGUAGGAGCGCCGAAUUUCACGAUGGCUUGGAGAUAUAUUUUCUGGGAGAAUUUCUACUGGGUAGCAGGCGGCUUCUUCUUGGCUAAACAACAGGUCAUGAUGGAUUUCGUGCUGCAGUAUCAAAGAGCCGUGGAGCUGUUCUUGCGACUAAAUCAAAGCCAGGUGGAGCAGCAAGUCCUAUAUUCUAUUUACACCGACGAAGGCAGAGAAAUUGUAAAGCCAACAAUAGAACUUCAACCAAUUCCGUCUGGCUGGUUUGAUCUUGGAUUCAACUCUUUAGUUCCAGUAAACGAUUCUUAUCUUAAAUACUUGAAUUCAUGUCUAUUAACAAUUUCUUUUUCGCUAUUGAUAUUAUUGAAUUUGUAGUUGAAGAAUCUGUUUUCGGCGUUUCACCGAAGUAUUCCUGCGUGCCAGGAGCCACAAGUCCUCUUUGUACUUGCUCAGUCGCUUUUUCUGAGCCGGAGUGAGAUGAACAUGCCCAUUAAGCCGUUAAGAGAAUACUCGCUGAUGGCCUUGAUCAAGUCGGGGGAGGCUCCUUUCAAUACCGCUUUGAUGACCUUUGGUUUAGCACCGCACAACACCUUCAGCAUAGACAUAUUUCGCUUGAUUCGUGCCGACAUGUCUACUUUUGAACGUACACCACUUGUUGGUCCCGUGGAAACAUGUUUGUUCUUAAGCGUAGAUGAUCCGGUGUUUCCUGUCGCAGAUCAAACAGCAAAUAGCCAUGAGGCUCACAUGUCGCGUCCCUAAAACUCUCCUGAACAUGUUUAAGUUUUCCAGGAUACAUCUGUUUGGCUAGGUGGGUGUACUCCUAACCUAUAAACACACAUUACAUAAAAUCACAUUUAUUCUCAUUCUCAACAUAGCUAAUUCAGAGGGACGAUUACACUUACUUUGUACAUUGAGAUAAGUCGUACACUAAUUCUCAAAGCUAUUAAAAUAUUCCUAAUUAAAAGCUUUCAUACAACAGUUUAAAGAUUAUCCGUAACUAAUACUUGCACAAAGAGUUCUACCUCGACCUGAGGGUACAAAGUUACAUUUGGAGGCCGCGGCGUGACCGUACGUCUUGUCCGACAAUCGGAACUCGGAAUGUCUAACUAUUCUACAGUUGUCACGGCCAUUCAGAUGAACACAGUCCUCACUCUUUUAGGUACAUUCCUUGCCCACAACAUUCUUACACACACUGCAUCUAUUCCUCAAAUUAAAAACUAACAUAUCAAGGGUUAAAGUGAACUACGGGAUGGGUGGAUCUGUGACAUGGUAUAGACGAGACGGGGAGUAAUUCCAGGAAUUACACCGGUUGUCAUAAAGGUGUUACUCAAGCACAGAGGUAUAAAACCUGAGACGAACUGUCCUGUAUACCACACUCACCUGUCU